GCUCCAUAGACAAGUGGAAAAAAACGAUACCUGAGAAGAGUACAUUAAAUUCUUCUCAAAUAAUCAAGUUAUAGAUUAAUAGAAACGUUAUUACUUUACGGUAGAAACAAAUGGCAGAUGAAAAACUCACUCUAGCCGAUGAUGCCUCUGUCAUCUGCAAAGAGAUCCUUGCACGACACUUCAUGCCGGAGGUGAAGUAUCAGCACAAUAAAGUUCCGACGCUCGUGGCAAAUAUAUCGGAUCUAAUUGUGCAACGGCUUACGAGGGAAUCGUCUCUGCCGCGCAAGUACAUCGCGCACGUGGUGAUUGUCCAGAAGAAUGGAUCCGGAUUUUGUAGCGUGGCAUCGUGUUCGUGGAACCCGGAAAGCGAUGCGUGUUAUGUUUAUAAGACGGAGAAUAGGGCCAUGCAUUGUAUUGUAACGGUUUUUGGGGUUACUAUGUAA